GAUACAGUGGGAGGCGCAAACUGCAUCAUGCGACGUUAAAUCGAAAGCAAUCUUGAUGAGGAAAUUAAAAUAAAUCUCACUUGCGAGCCAUAUUGUCCUCUCCGGAACCUGUGCUCUUUUGACUUCAUUUAAAAACUUGAACGGACGUAUUUAUUUGUCCUUUACUUAAAAAGUCUGCGCAGUCAUGCCGAAAACAUCAUGCCUGAAAGUAAGCAGAGCAAAUGCAGAGAAGGUGGAAAUCUUCCGCCAGUCCCUGUAUCAUGAGGCAGAGAUUUUGUUCUCCGACUACAUCCCCCUGAAGAUUGCCCAGCUGGAUGCUCUGCAGCGGGAUGAUGCCCUCAGUAUCACGGACAUGUCCUCCCUCAAGGCUCCCCUGGACAUCCCCAUACCAGACCCUCCUUCUGCAGAGGAAGAGGAAAUGGAGACGGAUAAGAAUGAAGACAAGAAAAAGAAAGCUCCCAAAUGUGGCUUCAUCAAGGGGAAUGAGAAGAUCAUGACACUCCUGGAGAGGGUGAAACCAGAGAUCGUUGCUCUUCGAGAGACCAUCAUCACUGUCACCUGCUGGAUUCAGCACCUCAUCCCAAAAAUAGAAGAUGGAAAUGACUUUGGCGUCGCAGUCCAGGAGAAAAUCUUGGAGAGGAUCGCUGCAGUGAAGACCAAAGUUGACGGUUUUCAGACCAACAUCAACAAGUACUUUUCAGAGAGGGGAGAUGCUGUUGGAAAAGCUUCCAAAGACACUCAUGUGAUGGACUACCGCACACUGGUGUCUGAGAAGGACGAAGCCAUCUACUCCGAGAUCAGAGUGAUCGUUCUCGACAUUCGCGGAUUUUACGCCGAGCUCUACGACAUCAUCAACAAGAAUCUGGAGAAGGUGACCAACCCUAAGGGAGAAGAGAAACCUUCCAUGUACUGACACUACAUGAUGUUCGGAUUCAUCUGGUGUAUUCUCUAUAAAUCAACAGUAACGCUGCAUGUGCAUUACUCUGUUUGUUCUUCUAAAAAACAACUGGAUACAAGUGUUCUCACCGCUGAAGACACUUUGCUUUUGUACCAACACUUGCACUAAAUUUAAGAUGAACUACGAAUAAAACUUUUUUUCAAACUGUG